AUGGCAUUUGGAGAACAGCCUGGCAUCACCAGCCGUGAGCGCUGUUCGCAGGCGGCGCUCCCGGAGCUCGGCGCUGACCCACAGGCGCUCAGCCUGCCGGAAAACGCUGGGAGAAGCGAGAGAGGAGCGCACCUCGCCGCGCCCAUCCCGGCGCGCAGCCCCGCCCCGGCCCGCCCCUCGCCCGGCAGCGCGCAGACCGCGCCCGGCGAGCUCCGGCGGCGCCUCCGCGGCCAUGCGGCCCCUGCGCCGCGCGUCCUGCUAGCGCCCGCGGGGUGCGGGCCGGGCCGGGCCGGCGGAGCGCUGGUUCUGCGCCCCUCGCAGCCGCUCUGCCUGGCGGCUGUCGCCGCAACUCCGCUGGGCCGACCCAGGCCUCGUCCCGGAGCGCGGCCGGGGCUGCGCCCUGGCUGCCCCGAGCGCCCCGGGGCGCGGCAGCGGGACUGGACGGCGGUCGCUGGCGCGCUGCUCCCGAUCGGGAGGGGAAGUGGCACGGCUGGCGUUUUCCGGAGCUGUGACAGAAAGAGGAGGAGGGGUAAUGAAGUCACAAACGGCACUAACAACGUGAACAGCACUACUCCAAUUCCAGGCAGUAGGUUGCCAGACAAUAGUAUUUCACCAAUUGUCACUGCAUCAUCCACACAAUCCACAGCAACAUCUACAGGAGGUGUGUCCAGCAGUACUACUCAUCUCACCAGUACCAGUCAGCCCAACAGCACCACCACGUCUGUGACCCUGACAAUUCAGACUACCAAAACCAGCCAGACAGGGACACCCACCACAGCCUCACCAGGCACGUCGCCACAAGGCAACAGCACAGUAGUGACCACUUCUAAGCCUUCCUCCACUUCUGUAACAGCCACAUCAAAAUCAGAGGCUGUCAAAACCUCCAGAUUUGAUGUGGGCAGUUUUGUAGGUGGCAUUGUGCUGACUCUUGGAGUCCUAGUCAUUCUCUACAUUGGAUGCAAAACUUACCACUCCAGAAGAGGCAUUCAGUACAGAACCAUUGAUGAACACGAUGCCAUCAUUUAAAGGAGACUUCAGAAAAGGCAGUGCUGGAAGCCCACCUUGUCAUAGCUGUUAUAACUUCUGGAAGAGUGACUUUCAUAAAGAUUAUCCCAGUCUCUAAACUGGUCUUGGGUGUUAUCCUGCAACAUGUUGAGAAGCUUUUAAACAUCUUGAUUUUUUACACUGGCUCUUGUAAGAGGAACUUGGCAUUUUGUAGAGACAGUAUUUUCUUUUUCCAGUACUUGUAACCAGAUUUAGAGAAAAUCACCUAUUGAGUCAUUUUAAGGUACACACACAGCUCUGAAAUAGCUAAUUACUAGCACAGGCAAUUGCAUCAGUGCAAUUCUAAGUUCAGGGUAUUUUUCCUAAAAUUUUGUAUUAAAUUGUAUUUAUUUUGAAGUUUGAUGUGAACUUUAGUUUAGAAAUUUCAGGUUUUGAACAACUCAUUUAAUUUUUAAUAGGCUUCAAAGGAGUUGUGGUUAGAUAACUGUACAGAAGUGAAUAGAAUGAUUACUCUAAAUGUCAGUCAUUAGCUUACCAUGAGAUGCAGGUGCUUUCCUUAAUAGGCUGUAUAAGGAGAGUAGCUGCAAGAAACAUGGACAGAAUGGAAGUAUCCAUCCAUAACCCUUUUCUCUAAAAGCUUCUUUUUUUCUAGCAUGGCAUAAUGAAGCUUGUGCAAUUGAAGAUCUAAUGAAAAUAGAGAAAAGUAAUUGUGCCAUUAUAAAUAUAAAAAAAAAAUUAAAUUUGCUUUAAAGUUGAAGUUAGCAAUAAUUUGGCUCUUGGUUUUUAGUAUGAAGCUGUCUCUAGUGUUUUAGCAGCAUUUGAUAAUCGUUCAAAGUUAUAUAAAGAAGGGGAAAACUGUAAGACAGCAUUUUAGCAGACUAUAAACUGCAUUUUUACAGCUAUUUCAAGAACUUGAUCCUGCUGCACAGAUGUACAGAGGCCUGGUCAGAAGCCCAGCUGAAGGCACUGGGGCAUCUUUAGCUGAAGGCUCAAAUGCUUUGAGGGUCCUGUGCAGGAUGGCUGGUCCUGUUCCUAUGUCACUUCUGCAGGUCCACUCAUAUUAAUCUGCUGACUUCAGUAGAUGGGCUCGUGACUUACACUGCUGUAAGGAAAACAAGAACAAGGAUCAGGAAACACAGGCCUGCAUCUCUUUAAGUCACUGAAUGAUUGUUCAGUCUUGCUCAGGCUUCACUUGCAGACCCGUCCCCAUUGAAGAGGGUUGAUGUGUGGGGUUUGCCUGUCCUGGUUACUGCUGGCACCAGUGCCUCCUGCUGGGCACAGGGGAGAUGGUGACAGGCAAGGAAAGUCACAGUGGGAACUGCACAUUGGUCUGUUGGGGGCUGGGGAACAACUUAUCAGGGAAAGUUUAACUACUCCGGAACGGAUUAAUUUCUUAAGCAGUAGUUUAUUCUGACAUGCAAUGUUAAAGUGGCCAUAAGGGUUUUUUUUCCUUUUUCACAGUAAAACUGUUUCCAAGGUAUGGGCAAACCAUGGCUAAAGAAUCAUCUUACUAGCUACUCACCUGAAAAGGCGGUAACAGGGAUGUUUCAUUUUUUUACUGUGUUUGAGGGUCAGGGGAGAGUGAGUUGAAGUAACAUUUUUAUUUUUUCUUAAUUGUAUUGUUUGGUGGAAUAUUACUGGAUUUGACUUGAAGAGUUACGGAAACAAUUCUUUUAUAGAACUGUAAUUCCUUACUUUAUAGAAAUUAAGAUAGUUAAGUGCAACUGGGAUUGUCUCCCCUCUGCUGUACAGACAAAUAAAAUUAAAUCUUUGGAGUUACUA